UGUGACAUCAAAACCACAGAAGAAUUUUACCAAUUCAAAACACACCGUUGUAUUUCCCGAUGUUAGGGAUCUUGAUAUAUGGAAAUAUUAAACAUAUAAUAUCAUCCGGUUUGCCGUAUCUGGUCGAUUUGUGUUCUUCAUAGAGGUUAUAAUGCUGUUGGCCCAGAUAAAUCAGUCAGCAGAUUUCCAGCAUGAGGGUGAUGCUCAGGAGGUCACGCUCUGCUUAACUGAGGCUGUGGGGAUUGCAGAUGGUGAUCAGAGCAUGGACACAGUCAGUUUGCAGGCUGUGACUUUAUCAGAUGGCUCCACUGCAUAUAUACCUCACAACCCUCAAGAAGGCAAUCUAGUUGAAGGACAGGUGAUCCAGUUAGAAGAUGGAUCCUCUGCUUACGUGCAACACAUUGCUGUUCCAAAAGCAGAUGAGCCAAAUAACUGGACGGCCUCGUCUGUAUGUGAUGUUGUUGGUAACGAAAGCUUGCGACUGGAAGAUGCUCAGACUGUCCAGUUGGAAGAUGGAACGACUGCUUACAUCCACCACACCACAAAAGAUACAUAUGAACCCAGUACCCUGCAGGCGGUCCAGUUAGAGGACGGGUCUACCGCUUACAUCCAUCAUGCUGUUCAGGUGUCUCAGCCUAACACCAUUCUGGCCAUCCAGACAAAUGGCACAGUAGCAGAUUUGCAGACAGAUACAUCCAUUGACCAAGAAACAAUCAAUGCAUUGGAGCAAUACACAACCAAGAUUGAGGAAAUGGACUCGUACACAAACUCUGAGCUGAUCACCAAUGAUCCUCACGGGGUUGUGGAGAUGCAGAUCGUACUUCAGGGUCAAGAAAUCCGGCGUAGUGUGCCUGGGGAGAAAUGUUUUCGGUGUAAUUAUGAAGGAUGUGGAAAGCUUUACACCACUGCAAAUCAUCUUAAGGUACAUGAAAGAGCGCAUACAGGUGACAAGCCGUACUGUUGUGACAUACCUGGCUGUGGAAAAAAGUUUGCAACAGGUUACGGUUUGAAAAGUCACAUCAGGACACACACUGGAGAAAAACCUUACCGCUGUCAGGAGUUGGACUGUAAAAAAUCUUUCAAGACCUCAGGGGACCUUCAAAAGCACACCAGAAUUCACACAGGAGAGAAGCCAUUUUUAUGUCCUUUCCCGGGCUGUGGACGAUCCUUCACUACCUCAAACAUCUGUAAGGUCCAUGUUCGCACACACACAGGAGAGAAACCGUAUCACUGCCCAGAACCAGGCUGUAAUCGGGCCUUUGCCAGCGCAACAAAUUACAAGAACCACAUACGGAUCCAUACAGGAGAGAGGCCGUAUGUUUGCACAGUUCCUGGAUGUGACAAGCGAUUCACCGAGUACUCGAGUCUAUACAAACAUAAUGUAGUGCACACUCCCUGUAAACCCUACAAGUGCAACCACUGUGGAAAGACGUACAAGCAGAUUUCCACACUAGUCAUGCACAAACGUACAGCACACAAUGACUCUGAGCCUAUAGAAGAGGAGUCGGAGGGCUAUUUUGAACCCCCUUCAGAGGCUAUAGAUGACCCCUCCAUGAGUGUUAGCCCUGUGAAGUGUGAAGACACUUGUCCUGAAAUGGCUUCUGAAGUCUCUGAUGUCACGGAACAACAGCAUGUAACUUUUAUCACACAAGAUGGAGCAUCACAGGCUAUUGGAAAUACAAUCACAAUGGUAACACAAGAUGGCAGUAUGAUCACCUUCCCACCCACUGAGUCUUUGCUGUCUUCAGGAGAGGCUCAUUCAGUGACUAUGGUCUCAGAGGACGGGACUGAAGGACAGAUGACUAUUAUGAUGCCAGAUUUAACAUCUUGCAGGAACAUACAGGAUGGGUUAUCAGCACACCCAAUUACACUUCUGGCUACUUCUAACGGCACACAGAUUGCUGUUCAGCUCAACGAACAGACUUCACUGGAAGAGGCUCUGAGGAUAGCAUCGUCAUUACAGGGAGGAGAAACUGCAGGACUGGCCAAUUAACUACCUUCACCGUCAGUAUUCAGUGUAACUAGUGAUUCCAAUGAUGAACAAAUGAUGAACUUUUGUAAUCACCCUUUCACCACAAUUGUACAGAGGUUACACUGUGCACUAUGAAAACAUUUUUAACAGAUUUUGUUCACAAUGAUAUAGAUAUCUAAAAGGUGGAAACCUGUUUGCAUUUUUUAAAUAAAAAGAGAUGAAGGGGAUGUU